GUGAAUGUAACUCUGGUUCUGAUCCAUUUGGAUCACAUGUAUGGCUUGUAACACCUGAUCAUUUUCAGCAUUAAAUCCUGUUUUUCUAUAACCAAAUCUCUUUAUUUCUCAAGGUGAUUUACAAUGAGGGGUUCUGGUCGGGUCCUGAAACUGGUAAACGGACCUGGUGGAGCACAGAGACAGAAAUGAUUGAACUCUAACAAAACUAUGAGGAAACUGAAACUCCACGCCUUUCCUCAGAACUGAUCUGGAUCAGAACCGGUUCAGCAGCAUCUGGAUCAGCCAAUCAGCAGUGGAGUUUCCUCCUGUGUGUCUCUGCUGGUUCCAGUAGAAACAGCGAACUGGUGUCAGAGGUGAUCCGCUGCUGGGAUCUGAUGGAAGCCUCUCUGUGGUUCUGAGAGGAAGAUGAUGAUGAUGAGAUGAUGAUGAUGAUGAUGAUGAUGAUCCUCCUGCUCGUUUCCCAGCAUGCUCUGGGUGGAGUGGUGGAGGUUAAUGAGGGGGCGGAGUCUGUCCUGCUGCCCUGUGUUUACUCUGGUCAAACACCUGGAGAUCCGUUCCUCAUCUGGACUCGCAGUGAUCUCAGUCCUAACUCCGUCCACCUACGGAGAGAAAACGGUGACGAUCUUAAAAACCAGAACCAGCGUUUCAGAAACCGGACCUCCAUGAAUCCUGACGCUCUGGAUACUGGAAACUUCAGCCUGACUCUGAGGAAACCUCAGCAGUCUGAUGGAGGAAACUACACCUGCAGCAUCUCUGAUGGAAGACGAGAACGGAAACUGAAACAGAUUCAUCUGAAGGUCAAAGUUGAUCAGCAGGAGGUCGAGGUCACUGAAGGGUCAGAUUCUGUCAUCCUGCCCUGCAGAACAUCAUCCCACCUUCCUGAGGACACAUCAGUGGAGUGGACCCUGUCAGAACCAGAAUUUAUGAUGGUUCACAGCAGCAACCAAAGAAACCAGGACAGAUUUUACCGCGACCGAACAGAGAUGAACAAAGACUUCCUGAGGACCGGAGACGUCAGCCUGACCCUGAGGAAUCCCACACACAGAGACGAUGGACGCUACGUCUGCACCGUCUACAGAGACCAGGACGUCCUGAGACACACUGUGGUUCUGAAAUAUGUAAAGAAAGAACCCUUUCCAUCCUGGGCCACAGCUCUGCUGGUUCUGGUUCUCAUCGUCUCUGCAGGCGUUUUAUAUCAUUUUAAAGAUUAUUUCCUGCCAGCUACACAAGUGAAGGUGGAUCCAUGGGCUAAAUCUGUCCUGCUGCUCUGCAAAACCAGCGUCUACCUGCCUGGAGGCGCUAGAGUGGAGUGGAGGGAUGGAGAGAACAAGACGGUUUGUGUGUAUCCGAAUGGUUCUGAUGAUCUUGAAGAACAGAACCUGACCAGCAGAACCAGGAUGAAUGACAACCCACUGAAGACUAAAGACCUCAGUCUGACUCUGGAACGUCCCUCAGUGGCAGACAGCGGGAUCUACACCUGCAGAGUCAGGAAAGGAGUCAUCCUGAUGAUGAAACGGGUUCAUCUCCAGGUCAAAGAUAUUGUUGGUCAGUAUCAGCCUGACCUUAAAGAGUUUCUGAAGAUGAAGUUCCAGAGUCUCUCUGAAGGCGUCGCUGAACCUGGAAAUCAAACCGAUCUGAACCAGAUCUACACAGAGCUCCACAUCACAGAGGGGUUAACUAGAAAGGUCAUCCAGGAACAUGAGGUCAGACAGAUUGAAACAGCAUCCAGGAAACAAGAAACAAUCAGAAGAGAAAACAUCUUUAAAGUCCCACCUGGAAGUGAUCAACCAAUCAGAACAGUGAUGACCAUGGGAGUGGCUGGCAUUGGGAAAACACUGUUAACACAGAAGUUCACUCUGGACUGGGCUGAAGGCAAAACCAACCAGAACAUUGAUUUCAUAUUUCUAUUCACUUUCAGAGAGCUGAAUAUGUUGAAAGAAGAAAAGUUCAGUUUAUUAGGACUGAUUCAUAAAUUAUUUUCUAAAACCAAAGAAAUCAGCAGCUUUGAAACGUUCCAGGUUCUGUUCAUCUUUGAUGGUCUGGAUGAAAGUCGAUUUACUCUGGAUUUCAAGAACAAUCCGAUCCUGACUGAUGUUACAGAGUCCAGCUCAGUGGAUGUUCUGGUGACAAACCUCAUCAGGAGGAAACUGCUUCCCUCUGCUCUCCUCUGGAUAACCACACGACCUGCAGCAGCCAAUCAGAUCCCUGCUGAGUGUGUUGACAUGGUAACAGAUGUCAGAGGGUUCACUGACCCCCAGAAGGAGGAAUACUUCAGGAAGAGAUUCAGAGAUGAUGAAGAGAAGGCCAGCAGGAUCAUCUCCCACAUCCAGAAAUCAAAAAGUCUCCACAUCAUGUGUCACAUCCCAGUUUUCUGCUGGAUCACUGCUAAAGUUCUGGAGGAUGUGAUGAAGACCAGAGAGGGAGAAAAACUGCCAAAGACUCUGACUGAGAUGUACAUAGCAUUCCUGGAGGUUAACUUCGCAAUCAAGAAGGAAAAGUAUGAUGGAGGAAAAAAGACAAGAUCAAUCUGGAGUCCAGAGAACAAGAAGCUGAUUGAGUCUCUAGGAAAACUGGCUUUUGAGCAGCUGCUGGAGGGAAACCUGAUCUUCUAUGACAAAGAGCUCAAAAAGUGCGGCAUCAACAUCAAAGAUGCUGCGUUGUUCUCAGGAGUGUUCACUGAAAUGUUUAAAAGAGAGAGAGGGACGUGCGACAUCUCUGUCUACUCCUUUGUUCAUCUGAGCAUCCAGGAGUUUCUGGCUGCAGUCUACAUGCUCCACUGUUUCACCAGCAGGAAGUCAGAGGUGAUCAAGACGUUUCUGGGAGAAAAAUACAGAGAAACAUCUCUAGAUGAGUUCAUGAAGAAAGUCAUGGAGAAAUCCCUCAGCAGUGAAAAUGGCCACCUGGACCUGUUUGUCCGCUUCCUUCAUGGUCUCACUGUGGAGUCCAACCAGAGACUCUUAGAAGAUCUGCUGGGUCAGACAGAGAACAGUCCAGAAACCAUCCAGAGAAUCAUCACCAACCUGAAGGAGAUGAACACUAAAUAUAUCUCUCCUGACAGAAGCAUCAACAUCUUCUACUGUCUGGUGGAGAUGAACGACGUCUCAUUUUAUCAGGAGAUCCAACGGCUGCUGGAUUCAGGGAAGAAGCUCUCAGAGACUGACUGUUCAGCUCUGGCCUUCAUGCUGCAGAUGUCAGAGGUUCUGGAUGAGUUGGACCUGGAGAAGUACAACACAUCAGAUGAUGGACGACGGAGACUGGUUCCAGCUGUGAGGAACUGCAGAAAGGCUCGACUUGGUGGCUGUUCGCUCCAAAAGGCUGAUUGUGAAGUUUUGGCCUCGGCUCUGAAGUCCAACCCAGAUCUGACUGAACUGGAAAUAAAUCUGAUCUUUAUAAAUAAAGGUAGAGACUCUGAUCUGAAGCCUCUGGUUGAGAUCCUGGAGAGUUCAGUCAGUAAAGUGAAGAUUCUGAGAUUGAGGGGCUGCAGUUUGUCAGAGACCAGCUGGACUUCUCUGUUCUCAGCUCUGAAGUCCAAACCGACCCAUCUGACAAAACUGGACCUGAUCGGAACCAACCUGGAAGGUUCUGGAGUGAAGGAGCUCUGUGGUUUUCUACAGACUGAAGGCUGCAGACUGGAGACAUUGAUAUUGUAUGACUGCAGUUUGUCAAAGAUCAGCUGUGAUUAUUUGGCCUCAACUCUGAAGUCCAACCCGACCCGUCUGACAGAACUGGACCUGAGAUACAACAACCUGAUGGAUUCAGAUGUUGAGCAGCUGAAGGAUCUUGUAGAUGAUGUAACGUGCGAUGAUAAUGGUGAUUUUGAGGAUUCUGGUGAUUUUGAGGAUUCUGGUGAUUAUGAAGAUUCUGAUGGUUCUGAUUAUUCUGAUUUUUUUGACCGGUGCGACUGAUGAUCUCUGUGAAGUAGAAAAUGGUCUCAGUGUCCUGCUGAUCCUCAGAGGUUGA